UCCGCCGUCGUCGUCGUCGGCAGUGAAAUUUUCAUAAUCAAAGCGCAAAGUGGCGCAAAGCGAGGGCUGGUCUGCAGGUGUUGAAUCGAAGUUAGCCCGCUGACCGCUGUCAAACGGCUGACGGUUCGCCGAUGAUAAAGUCAAAUUGAUAAUAAACAUACGCGAGUGACGACGACGACGACGAAUCGAGCCGAUUCGAGCGGGAUAUAUGACAAGAUAAUGACCUCGCGGUCGGGCACUGCUGUUUGUUUAGAAUUAAUAACGCUCGGUUGCAGUUUGCGGUAACGGUUAAACACGACGAUUCUCGAUCGGAGAGGUGAUCAGCAGUUUAUAUUCACGCCGAAAUGGCUGCCGCUGACGGAGCCACGGCCGACGAACUCAGGGCCGAAAUCGAGAGGCUAUCGAGGGAACUUGAUCUCGCCUCAACCGAGAAGAUACAAUCGGCCCAGUACGGACUCGCCCUUCUUGAGGAGAAAUCAACCCUGCAGCAGAGGUGCGACAACCUCGAAACCCUCUAUGAAAACGCCAGGCAUGAUCUCGAGAUUACGCAAGAGGCUCUCGCAAAAUUCCACACAACAACAAAGUUAACUACAAAAAGUGGCAUCGAACAGGAAGAAAGUCUUCUCAGUGAAAGCGCAGCCCGAGAAACAUCUCUACAGGUUCAGAUACUUGAAUUGGAAAAUGAAACGAAAUUGUUGCGACAUGAGUUGGAGCGCGUUCAAGCUGAGCGAGAUCAUUCGCUGCAAGAACGCGAAGACGAGAGCAAGGAUUACCAUCAUGCGGAAUCUGAGAGAAAACAGCUCCGCGGAGAGCUCAAAGAGUGUAAAUUCAGGGAGGCGAGACUUCUCCAGGAUUAUUCGGAGCUGGAGGAGGAAAACAUAUCCCUGCAAAAGCAGGUCUCGGUUCUAAGAUCGAGUCAGGUUGAAUUUGAAGGUGCUAAACACGAGAUAAGGAGGCUCACGGAGGACGUCGACUUGCUGAACAGCCAAGUGGAGGAACUGACGAGUUUGAAAAAAAUUGCUGAAAAACAGAUGGAGGAUGCACUGGAAUCCUUACAGGCUGAGCGCGAAGCAAAAUAUGCCUUGAAAAAAGAACUGGAUCAACGCAUUAACAGCGAAUCGAUCUAUAACCUUAGUAACUUGGCAUAUUCCAUCAGAGGUAUCACCGAUGAUCAAGCUAUGUGCAGCGACGGUGAAGACGACUCUCCUGCCUUGAGGAGAAUCGUCGCAGACUUGAAACAAGAACCUGGUACACCAGUAGAUGGAAAGCAGGUCGAUUUGUUCUCAGAGAUUCAUCUUAACGAGCUUAAGAAGCUGGAGAAACAACUUGAGCAAGCCGAAAGCGACAAGGCACUGCUUACUCAGAAUUUAAGGGAGUCUCAAGCCGCUGUCGAGAAAAGCCAAGGGGAACUGCAGUCCUUCGUUGCCAGGAUUGUCCAUCUCGCUGCACAUGUACAAUCUCUGCAUCACCUUCACUCUAAAUUGCCGAAGACGCAGAACGAGGAAACUGCAUUGGAUAAAAUGACUCAGGCGAUAGUGCAAUAUCAUCAAUGGAGCACGAUGUCUGCACGCGAGGUAGAGCAACUUCAAAAAGAUUUGGCCGAUCUAGAAAAGGGUCUGACUAUGUCGGAUUCCACUCAGCAGCUCAGAUCAGAGCUUACUAAUCUUAAAAAUAAGAUUCCUCCGUCAGAGCAGAGUCUCCGAAAAAAGCUUUUAGACACCGAACACAAGAGUUUGGAGUUACAAUCCGAUAUUUCAAUCCUUUCCGAACUGGCGGCUGAUGCAGGAAGCUCCCUCGAUUCGGCUCAAAAUGAUCUUCAAACCAUUUCUGACGAGUUGGCUCAAUUGUAUCAUCAUGUAUGUACCGUCAAUGGCGAAACACCAUCCAGAGUUCUUCUUGACCAUGAGAAGAUCGUUCCUGAGAAGGAAAAUGCCAAGAUUGAACUCUUGAGAGCACGUUUGAAGACAGAUGUUAAAAUCAGAGAUUUGGAAAGCCUUAGCGAGGCUAAGGAAAUUGGUAAACAUAUCGAGACUGUUGGGGACCAAAUCAAACAUCUCAAAAAUGCUGUCGAACACACAAUCGAGCUUUCGAAAAUCAAGGGAAUGAGAGUGAAUAUGACGGAAGCCAAUGAUAGUAAAGAAGAAAUUACCGAUCUUCAAGAACAAGUGAUUAAGUUGAAGGCACUUUUGUCAACGAAACGUGAACAGGUUGCGACACUUCGCACCGUUCUGAAGUCCAACAAAAAUACAGCUGAAGUUGCUCUUACAAACUUGAAGAGCAAGUACGAGAAUGAGAAGAGUAUCGUCAGCGAGACAAUGAUGAAACUGAGAAACGAACUCCGACUCCUCAAAGAAGACGCUGCUACAUUUUCAAGUUUACGAGCGAUGUUUGCUGCGAGGUGCGAAGAGUACGUCACUCAAGUGGAUGAAUUGGAGCGUCAGCUGGCAGCUGAUCAGGAUGAAAAGAAGACGCUGAAUCAACUGUUGCGGCUCGCCGUACAGCAAAAAUUGGGUCUUACUCAAAGACUGGAAGAGUUAGAGGUAGACAGAGAGAUGCGCAAUGCCAGAAGACACGCGAUCGGCGGAAAUGGACGUGGCAAGACACGUUUUCCACCUCCGGCGAACCGCACCCAUCAGAGUAGAGAUUUUUUCUAGAAAAUGAGAAAAAUGUGGAGUAAGAUAUUUUGAGAGGUAAUUAAAUUCUGAAAUUUUAUUUUCAUUCUCGACGAACUUUAUCCCUUUUUUUUUUUUUUUUUUUUUUUUUCUUACAAAGCGGAGAUUAACUUUAUUGCAAACAUAUUUCUGCAUCGUUUGACGAACGUUUUAUCUGUGCUAUUGUUGUUUACAAUAGAUAAACAGAAAUAUACACGUCGAGUUGUCGUAUGUUUGUUUGAUAGUGAAGACAUUUUAGAUUUCAAAUGUUGCCAGAGAAAUAUUACGACUUUUUUUUUCUUGUACAAUAUGUAAUAUUUACAUGAGAGAAAGUGUAUCGUCAAACUUCAUUGAAAUAUGGGAAGAAUAGAGAAUUAUCUCCGCUUUGUAAAGUUCUCGAGCGAAAAUAUAUCUUAGGAUUUUUACUUUCCUCUUCAUUGUAUCUGCUCCAUAUUAUUCGGUCCAAUUUACACGUACGUCUUAAUUCGAUGUACUCGAUGCUAUUUUUGCGUCGCGCUGCGAAUAACACUUUUUAUAAAGGGACAACAACAUUUAGUAGGUGAAAGACCUCCGCGUUGUGUGAAUCUAGGAAGAAGUAAAGAGGAGAAAAGAGAUUAAAGAGGAAAAGCAAACGCGCAGAAAAUAUACAUCCUGAUUAUGCCUCUGAUCUUUCAUUAAAAAGUAAACCUUUUACCGGAACUCAUAUUUCGAAAUUAUACACUCCUCUAAUCUAAUUACUGAACCAAAAUUCUGUUAUUUAUUCUCGUAGUUUGUUGUUAUAAUUUUUUUUAUUUUGUUCUUAUACACACUUUUACAAAUUGACAAACGUUCGUUUCUUCUUCUUCUUCACGGAAGAGUUCAAACAGCAA